CUUUCCAUUUACAUCCUAGAGUAGCUUAAGUGGAGGAACUCAGAGUUACAGAUGAGAAAAGAGGCAUUUUUAGAAAUAAAACAAGUCGUAAAAGUGCUUUAUAGGAGGCUUUUACAUUUAAUGGCCAGUAGACUUGUCUCUGUUUUCACUGGAAACGUGUCACAGAAACAGUGGGAGAAGUGUUACAUGCCAUUGCCUGUUCUUACUGAGGCUCUUCAGCAAAGUACUUUCCAUUAUGUUCCUCAUAAAGUUUUCACAGUUUCUACAUUUCUGUGGUAUUAAAGGUGGAUAUAAUUUUUUUCUUCAGGUAUUUUAGGCGCUUGCAGAGAUUGACCACGCCACAGUUAUACAGGUCUGCUGCUGCUCAUGCAGUGUGGUGGUUUUGUGGGAUUGCCUUGUGUCAAAUAAUAGUUCUGUUUUUCAGUACACCAUGACACUAAUGCUUGAAAUAUUUACAUCUGUCAGUAAUUUUUCUUCCUUGCAAGUUAGUUCUGCAUGCAUGUUCCUUGCUUCACGAAACUUCUGUUGCCGUGGCAUUAGAAACUGCCAGCUAAGAGCAGAUUUGCUUUCCAGAUCCAUCAAACAUUCCACCUCUGCAACAAUGCCCUUCAGACACAAAAAUACACGACGAAUUGAAGGCCUUGAUAGCAAUGUGUGGGUUGAAUUUACGAAAGUGGCAGCAGAUCCCUCAAUUGUUAAUCUUGGUCAAGGCCUUCCUGAUAUAUCCCCUCCCAGCUAUGUUAAAGAAGAGCUGGCAAAGGUAGCAGCAGUUGACAGACUGAACCAGUACACCCGAGGCUUUGGACAUCCAUCACUGGUGAAAAUCUUGUCUCAAGUCUAUGAGAAAGUUUGUGGAAGAAAGAUUGAUCCUCUCACAGAUAUCUUGGUGACUGUGGGAGCUUAUGGAUCUCUGUUUAGUACAAUACAGGCACUAAUUGAAGAGGGAGAUGAAGUAAUAAUAAUAGAGCCAUUUUAUGACUGUUACGAGCCAAUGGUAAAGAUGGCGGGUGCAAAGCCUGUUUUUAUCCCACUAAGAUGUAAAAAGGAUGGAAACACUGCAUCUAGUGCUGAUUGGGUCUUAGAUCCUGCUGAACUUGCAAAUAAAUUUAAUUCCAAAACAAAAGCAAUUAUUCUGAAUACCCCACACAACCCGAUAGGCAAGGUUUUUACUCGAGAAGAGCUCCAAGUAAUAGCUGAUCUCUGUAUUAAACAUGACACCCUGUGCAUCAGUGAUGAGGUGUACGAAUGGCUGGUGUAUAAAGGGAAUAAACACGUUAAAAUAGCUAUGUUGCCAGGUAUGUGGGAAAGAACAAUAACUAUAGGAAGUGCUGGGAAAACAUACAGUGUAACUGGCUGGAAGCUUGGUUGGUCCAUUGGUCCUGAGUACCUGAUUAAGCAUUUGCAAGUUGUUCAUCAAAAUACACUCUAUACUUGCCCAACUCCAUUACAGGAGGCUUUGGCACAGGCAUUUUGGAUAGACUAUAAGCGCAUGGAUGACCCAGAGUGCUAUUUUUACUCCCUGUCUCGAGAGCUGGAAAGCAAGCGUGAUCGGAUGGCUCAGCUACUGAAAGAGGCUGGACUAAAGCCUGUCAUUCCAGAUGGAGGAUACUUCAUGAUUGUUGAUGUUUCCACAUUUAAUGUGGAUCUCUCUGAUAUAGAUGAGAAACAACCUUAUGAUUAUAAAUUUGUCAAAUGGAUGAUAGCAUCUAAGAAGCUGUCAGCAAUUCCUCUUUCAGCAUUCUGUGGUCCUGAGACAAAGAAACAGUUUGAAAAAUACAUACGUUUUUGCUUCAUUAAGAAAGACAGCACACUAGAUGCAGCUGAAGUGAUCCUGAAGAACUGGAAUAAACAGACCGGCUGAUUUUUCUUAUUAACUCUUCCAUAUGGUAUAACUAUCUAAGAGUAGGUUUUUUUUUAAUUGCAAAUUUAAGAAAAAAUUACCUAAUACAGUACAGAAUUAAUAUUACAUUGUAAAUAACUUUUUGCUGCUACCUGCUGAGGAGUUAAAACGAUUUACUGAAAUAUGUGUAAUGAAACACAGAGAUUAUUUUCAGUCUUUUAAAAAUAAAUUGUUUUUCUCUUAAAGAAA